AUGGCCCAGCAAACGCCAAACCUCAAUGGUGCCACCAUUUACUCAGGUGGCACCCCCAGCACUCCCAAUACUGGGUCUCACGGAGCUGGCGCUCACACACCUCAGCACCACGGAGCUGGCUACAAUGCCCCGACUCCAGGAGCCUAUCAAAUGGGCCGGGUAUGA